AUGAGUUUAUUUUACAUCAUAUUUUAUUUAUUUGUUGUAAAGUCAGAACACAGAUACGAAUAAGGUGUAUGCUCUGAUUUCAAUUACAUUUAUGAUGCUAAUUUAAAUUUAUUCACAAGCUUAGAAAAAUUUAGGAGUAAAUCAAUUUUUAUCCCUUUUUCAAAAAAAUUCACAAAAAUUCCAGAUGUGUACUUGAAUAUUAUUUGGCUAGACUUUUAUCUGGGAUUUCCUUAAGGAUAUUCAUUAACUCUAACUGAUAUCACAAUAGAUGGUAUUAUUUUUUUUUAGUUUAUAGGAUUUACUGCAAAUGUUGUUUGUGAAAGUACUUUAAGGUUUUAUGGAAUAAUGUUUAAUUGGUUUGCAUUUAACGAUGAUAGAGUUCAAGUGAUAAAUAAUUUUAACAUCACUAAUCCUAACUCUUAAUACAUACAUGCUUAUUAGAAAAAAUAUUGUAAAAUAGAUGUUGCUAUAUCUAACUUUGUGAGUUAUUAUGCUGAAGGCAAUUAAUUUAAUGAAGUGACAGUAAAGUUUUAUAUUAUUUAGGAAUUAACAUUGACAUCUGAAACUGUGAAAAUUGGCUUACACACUAUAAACUUAAAACAAAUAGGAUAUUAAAUAUUAUUAAGCACAUCUGAUCUUUUUUUAGUUGGCCCCACAAUCAUAAAUACCUCACCUAUUGGUUCAAGUUAAGAAGUCAUUUUUCCUACAGGGUGGGUUUCCAAAAAUUGUUAUUUUAAUCUUCUAGGAUUUUAAUAUGUGAUAAAUACUCCAAAUCUGAGAUUACAAGUGGUGAAUACGUUUACACCAUAAGUUACUCUUGGAAUCUAUACUUGUAGAGAAUUAUUUAUAUAUUAGGGAGUGAUUCUGUAAUUUAAUAAUUGUAGCAUAACUAUUAUUGUUUUAAAGAUGGCUAUUUUUCUUUAGUAAAUUUAGAAAGCAUGAGUGAAGUCAAAUUCUAUGAUGCGACGAAUUCAAUCGAAACACAUAUAGAAGUUUAAGAGAUUAACUAUUCAUAAAAUUAAAUUUUAGAAGAAGUUAUAACUGUUCCUUAUAAUAAAUAAUAUAUUACAUUUAUAUAUUAUUGGAAAUGCAUUGCUAAUGAAAAAUUAAACAUACAAAUUUUUUGUAAUGAAGAUUGGUGUAAAUUUCGCUAAAUCUAGUGUGUUACUAAUAAAAUCAAUAUUGUUAGAUUAAAUCCAAGGUUUUUGAUUAUUACAACUUCAGAUUAACUCAUCAAAAUUACUUAAACUGCUGUUUCAUUUACUGCAACUUAGACAUUAAAUGAUUAAAGUUAGUUCUAACAGAUCUUAUUCAAAGUAGAAAUGAUAUAAUGA